GAUAACAAUUUACUUGAAGAAAAACAAUAAAGUUCAAUCUAUUAAAAUGGCGAGCAGCACUAGGAAGAAAGUUCUGCUUGGUUGUACUGGUAGUGUAGCUACGAUUAAACUGCCACAGUUAAUAGAAAGAUUAUGGCAAAACAAUUUGGAAGUAAGAGUAGUAGUUACAGAGAAAGCAAAGCAUUUUUUAAAGGAGGCAGAGUUGCCUCCAGGGAUUCAAGUUCUAUCAGAUACGGUAGAAUGGGCUGCAUGGCAAGACAGAGGAGAUCCGGUGUUGCAUAUCGAUUUAGUUAAGUGGGCUGAUUUAUUCUUAAUCGCUCCGUUAGAUGCUAAUACACUUGGCAAGAUAGCUAGCGGUAUAUGUGAUAAUAUCCUGACCUGUGUCGCACGUGCCUGGAAUCCUUUGAAGCCAUUGGUGUUUUGUCCUGCUAUGAAUACGAAGAUGUGGGAACACCCUGUUACUGCACCACAGAUAGCUUUACUUAAAUCCUGGGGAUACAAGGAGGUAACUUGCAUUUCUAAAACACUCAUGUGUGGUGAUACUGGAAUGGGCGGAAUGGCGGAGGUGGACACUAUCGUUCAAACUAUAAUGAGAUUGCUUAAUCCUUGGGACCCAUACUCGCCACCAGAUCUACGUCUUUAGCAUGAGAGGAAAGAUACAAAAUAUUCAACGAAUCGUUACUAUCGUACAGAUUAAAUGUGAAAUAUUUUAUGGAAGAACUAAGAUAUAGAGAGUUGAUAAUGCGUAAUUAUGGUGAGAUUCAAAUAGUUUAUGCUCACAGUCAAAUUCAAGUCCAACGACAAGUUUUAACUUGUGCAAUUACGCUUUUCUGAAUGCACUGUGGUCGCGGCAUUUUGUUGCUCAAUUCAAAUGUUUUCUCGAAUAUUUGCACCAAAGGAAGUAGGCAAAACAGAAUCUAUUCGUCGAAACGGAAUUGUAAAAAAUUGUAAAAAGGUUCUGUUCACAUAUCGUUUGAAGUUGAAGGAAACAAAAUAAUAAAAAUGUACGUGUUUUUGUUAAAUAUAUGAGUUAAGCGAUAUCUUAUGG